AUGGCGCUGCUCCGACGCCCGACGGUGUCCACUGAUUUGGAGAAUGCUGACACUGGAGUUAAUUCUAAAGCUAGGAGUCAUGUGACAAUCAGACGGGCAGUUUUAGAAGAAAUUGGAAAUAGAGUUACAACCAGAGCUACACAAGUAGCUAAGAAAGCUCAGAACACCAAAAUACCUGUUCAACCCACCAAAACAAAUGUCAGCAAACAACUGAAACCUACUGCUUCUGUGAAACCAGUACAGAUGGAAAUGUUGGCUCCAAAGGGUCCUUCCCCCCCACAGGAGGACAUCUCCAUGAAGGAAGAGACUCUCUGCCAAGCUUUCUCUGAUGCCUUGCUCUGCAAAAUCGAGGACAUUGAUCGUGAGGACUGGGAGAACCCUCAGCUCUGCAGCGAUUACGUUAAGGAUAUCUACCAGUAUCUACGGCAGCUCGAGGUUCUGCAAUCCAUAAAUCCACACUUCUUAGAUGGAAGAGAGAUAAACGGACGCAUGCGUGCCAUCCUGGUGGACUGGCUGGUGCAAGUCCACUCCAAGUUUAGGCUGCUUCAGGAGACUCUGUACAUGUGCGUCGCCAUCAUGGACCGAUUUUUACAGGUUCAGCCGGUUUCUCGUAAGAAGCUUCAGCUGGUUGGGAUUACAGCUCUGCUCUUGGCUUCCAAAUAUGAGGAGAUGUUUUCUCCAAAUAUUGAAGACUUCGUUUACAUCACAGACAAUGCUUAUGUGGAACAGCACACUUUAGCCAAAUAUCUGAUGGAGCUGACUCUCAUUGACUAUGACAUGGUGCAUUAUCACCCUUCAAAGGUGGCAGCGGCUGCAUCCUGCCUGUCCCAGAAGGUUCUGGGCCAAGGAAAAUGGAACUUAAAGCAGCAGUAUUAUACUGGAUACACAGAAAAUGAAGUAUUGGAAGUCAUGCAGCACAUGGCCAAAAAUGUAGUGAAAGUUAAUGAAAACUUAACAAAAUUCAUCGCCAUCAAGAAUAAGUAUGCAAGCAGCAAACUCCUGAAGAUCAGCACAAUUCCUCAGCUGAACUCAAAAGCCGUCCAAGAGCUUGCCUCCCCUCUGAUGGGACGGCCCUAGGCUGCUGUGGCCCUCGGGGAAGAGUGCUCCAACUGUGCAUUUGGUCUCGCUGAUCUGGAGCUCUUCACUUUGUAUAUAGUCCUCUGGUCUAUUUCAUGAAACCUUUCCUUAGGCCUAUUUUCUAAAAUGUAUAUUGAGGAAAAAUAAAGCUAUUAAUUUUUCUUAAAGUA